AUGCCCCAACACAGAAGGCCACACGGCUGUGCAUACGCGGUUCUUAGCGCAUUCUUGUUUCUCAACAAUCAGCACUUUUGCCAGCAAGGAAAAUCCCCAUCGCAAUAUCGUAGGCGCAUCCGCUCCACGCUGAUCCUCGUAGUUAAAGCAUGUUACUGGCUGGUGGUGUCGCUGUUCCUGCUGCUGAGCGCCUUAAUUCUGGUCCACUCCACAAUUGCCCUGGGAAUUCUGACCUUUAUCGAAUACUCACGCUACGUGUUCAGCUAUGAAGGGGCAGUGCUGAUUAUCAUUGCUUUUCAGUACAAGCAGACCGCCUUUCAUGCCAACUGUUACUGCGCUCGUCGAUCAUCGAGGGCGGAAUGCGAGCAGCAAGAGAAACGGCGAAACAAAUGCGGCGAUUUGCUAUUCCCCUUGUUUUAUGCAGUUAUUCAUAUUGGGACACAACUCUUGAUUAUGUACGAAUAUGCACUGACCACGCUAUCUUGGGACGCAGGUGUCAACUAUUUGGAGAUCAUGGGCGGAGUGCAUUUACCAUUGUGGGCGUGGCAGUGUGUAGUGUAUCCGUUGAUGGGUUUUCCGCAGAUGUUGUCGUUAUUGGUCAUGGCCAUUCUCUGCCGUCGAAUCUGCGAAGGAAUUAGUCUGAUUCACUACGAAUUGACGGAUGGUAGUGUCGAAGGAAUUCGAGCAAAAGUCACGAGCGUCAGAAAGUAUAUUCAGGCGCUAGAGGAAGCGUUCUCGUUGAUUCUGCUAAUGCAUAUCGCCGCUUGCAGUUUGACGGUGUUGGGCUUUGUGCAGAGUUUUCGAAAUCCGAAGCUGAUCGGCUCGCCGACGGUGUUAAUACCGGUGUUGAUUAUUGCGCUGUUCGCCGCGUCCAUGUUGGUGCCGAUCGUCCUGACGAUUAAAAUGCAAGAUGAGUGGGAAUCAAUGCUGGAAAAGUUUUUGUCGCCAUUGGACGAUUCUUCAGUUACAUCUGCCACUCUGCAUGGUUUAAUGGAAUUCGACAGUGCAUCACCGGAAAUCGAAAGUCUGCGGAGCUUUCUGCGCUCGGUGCGACAAACGCCGCCACGGUUAACUGGCGGACGAUUCUUCAUCAUCGAUCGGGGAUUCAUCGCUGCGAUGAUUGGAUUUUUUGCCACGUAUGCCGUUCUGGUCAAGGAGAUCCUCAAGGACGCUCCCAUCGUCAAUUUCAACAUAACACGAAAUGAUCUGUAG